CUAGGCAAUACCGACAUACAGUACAUACAUGCAUGCAUCCAACUAAUUCACUCGCUCACUGCAUGAAUAAUCACACAACCUUACGUGCGGACAGACGAUCUCUCCGCCCUGAGCCCACCAAACACAGCAGUAUUACCUGAAUCCGGCAACCACCACACAAACAACAACAGAUCAGAUAAUCCUCCCUCCACAUGUAGGGCGCAAGUUAUGACUUCACAACGCAUUCAUCUCAUUCUGCUUGCUGUAUGCUGUAUGUUCGGUCGAUCCCCCUCAUCUCAUCCCAUUACCUUGGAAGCGGACCGCGGGCAAGCCAACUAGCCCGUAAACAAACCUAUGAACGAAAUUCAGAAACUCAAAAAACCAAACAAAAAGUCUCCGCGCAGCCAUCGCCUCUUUAGGAAUAGAGACCACAUAGAGGCGGCUGUACGAACGGCGAUCGCUGCUCUGUCGAUCGUUGCUCUGUCGAUCGUUGAAAUUCAAAUAGGUAGCUUUGCGACCACACAGAGAAUCUCUCGAAGCGCUGCUGAAUAAUGAAUCAUGAGAAAAGGAGAAAAAAAAGGCUCCGAAUUCGAGGAUAAGGUUUCGAUCGCGGAAGGGAUUGUCUUCUCUUCCUUUUCCAGAAUGUCUUUAGUUAGAUGGAAGGAUUGUCGUAUUUUCGUAUUACUUGGGGGAGUACGUCAUGUUGCAUUGGGACCUCGUGUUGUGAUAUUCAUCCCCAGACCACAGUAGGAGUUAAUGCUGUUUCGCAUCUCGCACUGGAUGCCGCGGGGUGAGUCAUCGGCCCCGACUGCUCGCGACGCCGCGUUUCGCGCUCUCCUUCUAGCGCGAGGUCUUGCUUGCUGUGCAUGCCAACCCAUAACCUACCUAACUCCGGUACUUCGCACAGUCAGUAAAUGAGCAGCCCAGUCCAGU